AUGUACGGCGACAACAACGGCAACAAUGGCGGCGAGUCGAUGCUGAAGGGCGUGGACGAGGCAAAUGUUGCCGAGAGGGAUUUGGAGAGCCGCGCCGCCAUGGCUAUCUACAGCGGCCCCUCGUGCUCCAGCUGCACAUUCCCCAAGAGGCUGCUGUACCUCCUGUUGGUCAUCGGCCUCCUGAUAUGGGGAAUGUGCGGCUACAUGGCCAUAAGGGCGAGCCGCAGCCAUGUGACGGCAGAGCUGUCCGUGCGGCCCACCUUUGCGAUGUUCGCCGAACACGCCAACUACUGCCGAAAAGAAACGUAAGAGAGAAAAGGAUGGAUGCACAGAACGUGCAACACAUACGUACGUGUGCCUUGUGUUACGUACCUUAGGAGGCAGCAGAGGGAGGCCCUCACACAGCAGCAAGAGAGCCAGCAGCAGCAGCAGCAGGUAGGCGUCAUUUUAUGCAGGCAGUAUGCGUGCAUCCAUCCACCCGUCACCCAUUCACCCCGUCUCGUUGUGUGAUGCAUUUUCGCUUCAGGAUAAGAUCCAUGAUCUGGAGCGGGAGUCGCUGUAAGCAGCCAAAAAUCCAUGACGCAAAUAUGUCACUCAUCCAUUCAUGUCUCUCUGUGUCUACUCAGGUACUGGCAGGAGGAGGCGAACAAGUACAAGGCCCUGUGUGAGAGGCUCCAGAGCGAGAGAGAGGAGCAGCAAAAGCGCGACGGUGCCGUGCCGACGGCCGGCACGAUCGUAGAGGGCACCAUGCGGGACCGGUACGCAAAGAGGGAGGACUGGAAGGCACACACCCAUUUGCGGUGUAUCUCCCUCCUUCGCUUCGCGCUCUCAGAGUGAGCGUGCGCGCGUAUUAUUUGGCCGAGGCCAACCCAAGCAGCACACCCGAGAGCAACUGGCAGGCGGUAACCAACCGCCUCACACGGAGACACACCUCACAAGGGCGAGACGGAUGGAUGGAUGUGUGUGUGUGUGUGUAUGUGUGUGUCACCCUCCCACCAGGCGUCGAUGGUCGAGUUGGAUGCUCGCCAUUUCUUUUUCUACCCUUCCAUGCCCUGAUAAUCUGUAUACUUGAUGUAGUUGUAGUUGAUGACACUUACGUGUAGUGUGUUGUGUGUUUAGUUGCUUUAUCGGGGUUUGUGCGGUUGCAUUUAUGCGUGGGUUUAUUUUUUGUGUGACCAAUCGGCGAAGCCGUUGGUCGCUGACUGAGUGGUGUGCGUGCGUGGUGCGGCCCCACCGUGCGGGGCGGCUUACGUGUAUGAGAUUAAGAGCGAAUGACGCAGUCACGCAUCAAGUCCAACAGC